AAAUGGCCCAAGCUAAAGAAACCACACUGGCUGGACUCGGGAGCCUCCUAAAGCUCCUCCCAACCGGCACGGUCUUUACUUUUGAGUUUCUCAAUCCUGUCUUAUCAAACGAUGGUAGGUGUCGCCUUGUCCAUAAGUACCUCACUUCAAUCCUCAUCGCACUUUGUGGCCUUUCUUGUUUAAUCUCCUCCUUCACGGACAGCUACAAAGGAAAAGACGGAAAAACACACUACGCCUUUGUUACUUGCAAUGGACUUUGGCCAACUCCAUCUAAGGAAGACGACUCGGUGAAGAUGGAGGAUUAUAAGAUGAGGAUUGGGGAUAUUGUUCGUGCCUCGUUGGCAUUGGCUGUGUUUGCUGUCUUGGCUCUCUUGAAUCCGAAUGUUGUUAGGUGUUUUUAUCCGACCUUUGAGGUUGAUGGGGAGAAGAUACUUAAGGCACUUCCUCCUGUGAUAGGUGCUCUUUCUGGAUUUGUUUUUGUUGUUUUUCCUAAUGAACGCAAUGGGAUAGGGUACCCUUCUACUAGCAAGUGAUUUGUUUAAAAAAAAUUAAGAUUUGUGUU